UUCUUAUUAGAACAAAUCUGUCUGCGCUUCCUCCAUUUGUUUAGGGUCCAAGGAGACUGAAGGAGCAGAACACUCACUGCCAGGGAAAGACCAAGAGAGAGAGAUGGGGAUAAGGGUAGGUGCGGUGCCAUUCACGGUCGUAUCGCAUGUGCUGGCCAUUGCAGCGUCUUUUUUGGUGUUGGUAUGGUGCAUCCAUUACAGAGGAGGUCUUGCCUUCGAAGCCACCAACAAGUCUCUCAUCUUCAAUAUUCAUCCGGUGCUGAUGUUGAUUGGAUUCAUAAUUCUAGGUGGUGAAGCCAUAAUCAGUUACAAAGCUUUUCCCUUGUCGAAGGAAGUGAAGAAGGUGGUCCAUCUGACUUUGCACUUCUUUGCCCUCAUCCUUGGCAUUGUAGGCGUCUACGCCGCAUUCAAAUAUCAUAAUGAGAGCUCCAUUGCCAAUCUCUACAGCUUGCAUUCCUGGAUUGGGAUCGGAGUUAUCUGUCUUUAUGGUAUUCAGUGGAUAUUUGGGUUCGUGUUGUUCUUUUACCCAGGCGGGGUAGCCGCAGUAAGAGCUGAAUCUCUUCCAUGGCAUGUUUUCUUCGGGUUGUUCGUCCAUAUAUUGGCCAUUGCUACUGCAAUAUUGGGCUUUCUGGAGAAGCUCACCUUCCUCGAGACCGGCGGUCUCUCCAAGUAUGGAUCGGAAGCUUUCCUUGUCAACUUCACUGCCAUCGUUACUGUUUUGUUUGGAGGCUUCAUUGUGUUAACUGCUGUUUCUCCAGCCCCUGUAGCGGACGACUUUAGCUACUCAGCUAUCUAAUAUAAAUCUGAUGAUCAUAAUGGAUUGUAUAUUCAUCCAUAUAUAGUUCGUUUUUUUAUCAAUGUUGAUUGUUGGGCUACCAUAAGAUUUUGAAGCCCUUUUUCUAAGUUCCAAGGCAUAAAUAUUUUGGUGAUAGUAUAUAAAUGUUGUUAUUUAUCUAAUUUAUGAUUUGAUUGUGACAACACAAUUGCA